CGAAGGAAAGGAGCAGCAACCAGCAGCAGCAACCAGCCAGGAAGGAAGGAAGAAGCGAAGAUGUUUGUCGAGAGCUUCAAGGUCGACAGCCCCAACGUGACGUACACCGACGCCGAGAUCCACUCCGUGUACGACUACCAGACCACCGAGCUCGUCCACGAGAACCGGAAUGGGGCGUACCAGUGGACCGUCAAGCCCAAGUCCGUCAAGUACGAGUUCAAGACCGACACCCGCGUCCCCAAGCUCGGGGUGAUGCUGGUGGGAUGGGGCGGAAACAACGGUGCGACCCUCACCGGCGGCGUUAUUGCGAACCGAGAAGGAAUCUCCUGGGCAACCAAGGACAAGGUCCAGCAGGCCAACUAUUUCGGCUCUCUGACCCAAGCAUCCACCAUUCGUGUUGGGUCUUACAAUGGAGAAGAGAUCUAUGCUCCUUUCAAGAGCCUGCUCCCCAUGGUCAACCCGGAUGAUGUCGUGUUUGGGGGUUGGGACAUCAGCAACAUGAACUUGGCCGACGCCAUGGCCAGGGCCAGGGUGUUUGACAUCGAUCUCCAGAAGCAGCUCCGGCCAUACAUGGAGCACAUGGUCCCGCUCCCUGGGAUCUACGACCCCGACUUCAUCGCGGCCAACCAGGGGGCUCGUGCCAACAACAUGAUCAAGGGCUCCAAGAAGGAGCAGAUCCAGCAGAUCAUCAAGGACGUGAGGGAGUUUAAGGAGAAAACUAAGGUGGACAAGGUGGUGGUGCUGUGGACAGCCAACACGGAGAGAUACAGCAAUAUCGUGGUGGGUCUGAACGACACAAUAGAGAAUUUGAUGGCUUCCGUGGAGAAGAACGAGUCCGAGAUUUCGCCUUCGACUUUGUAUGCGAUUGCUUGUGUGCUCGAGAACAUCCCCUUCGUCAAUGGAAGCCCGCAAAACACUUUCGUUCCCGGACUUAUUGAUUUGGCCAUCCAGAGGAACAGUUUGAUUGGAGGAGAUGACUUCAAGAGUGGCCAAACCAAGAUGAAAUCUGUUCUCGUUGAUUUCCUGGUUGGGGCUGGGAUCAAGCCGACAUCGAUUGUGAGCUACAACCAUCUCGGCAACAACGACGGGAUGAAUCUCUCGGCCCCUCAGACAUUCCGGUCCAAGGAGAUCUCGAAGAGCAAUGUUGUCGAUGACAUGGUCUCCAGCAAUGCCAUUCUGUACGAGCCCGGUGAGCACCCAGACCACGUCGUGGUCAUCAAGUAUGUGCCAUAUGUCGGGGACAGCAAGCGGGCAAUGGAUGAGUACACAUCGGAGAUAUUCAUGGGAGGCAAGAACACCAUCGUCCUCCACAACACGUGCGAGGACUCCCUCUUGGCCGCCCCGAUCAUCCUCGAUUUGGUCCUCCUGGCCGAGCUCAGCACUCGGAUCCAGCUCAAGGCCGAAGGCGAGGGCAAAUUUCACUCAUUCCACCCAGUUGCAACCAUCCUCAGCUACCUCACCAAGGCCCCUCUUGUCCCACCAGGCACGCCCGUGGUGAAUGCGCUGGCGAAGCAGAGGGCGAUGCUCGAGAACAUACUGAGGGCCUGCGUGGGCUUGGCCCCGGAGAACAACAUGAUCUUGGAGUACAAGUGAAGAGCUGGUCGCAACCCUGCACCCUCGCUUGCUCUCUGGUUCCAAAACAACUUGCUCUUUCUUUCCCCUGCCAAAUUCCGUUGUGAUUAUGUUAGCCGUGAAGAUUGUCCUUAUGUCUAUA